GGAUGUGACAGACUUCUUUUUUCUUCUUCUUCUCCCCCCCUCCCCACCCCAUCCCGGUUCCCGUUUGGACUUCACCACAUUUGGUUUUCUCACCUGGACACCGACCAACAAUGUCUGAAAGCAUUGUGAGGAAGGUCCAGCCCUUCACCAUUGGGACGAGGCUGUCAGUCCCGGCUGUGCCAAAAUGCCAGGAGUUUACGCAGAGUUACCUGCAGAGCCAGAGUCUGGAUAACUGCAGCCUGCAACACAACAACCUGAACUCGCUCUUCCUCAGCGGGUCCCAGGUCUGCCCACGCGGCCCCAGCCGUCUCGUGUCGCCCGUCGCGAUGCAGGUCGCGCCCGCGAAGCGCGAGCAGGAGGACAUGGCAGCCGAGGACGACCUGAACCAGAACGUCGCCUCUCCCUACGCGGUCUCCAGGUCCAUCAAGAAGAUCACGAUCUCCGGUUGCAAAGACAGAUCGGAGAGCAAGGUGCCACCGCUUCCCAUCACGGGGUUCACGUCUGAAAACAACAAUAACAACAACAAUGUCACCAGCACGUCGGAGCCACGUCUGCCCAGGAUUGUGGGAGUGAGUUGUGAGAAUAAGCCCAGUUCUCACUUCAAGGUUUUACUCAGAAAAGAAAGCAGUGAUGAAGUUCAGCCCACGCAGGGACAAACCAGGCGGGAACUGAACAGAGAGAAAUCCGACCAACAGGUCUCGGUGCCUGAAUCGCAGCAGAAAGAGCCUCAGAGAAGAGAAAGUCCUCCGCACGCACAGAAUGGAGCGGCGGCGGCGGGGACGUCCCAGAGUGACUGCUUCACUCAGCGCAACUCGCUCUUCAACAAGGAAGCGCUGCAGGCAGAGGAGUGGAUCAAAGGCAAGCUGCAGGACCUGAAGGACAGAUACAACAUUCAGUGCUGCCCCCUGCAGGACUGGGAAGAAGCCUCGCAGACGCUUCAAAGAGACCUCAAAGACUUCGAGAACACCCUCAUUCAACUCACCCAGAUGGGUGAGCAGUUGAUCUGCAAGCUGAACCCCACCUCUGAUCUGGUGAAGAAGCAGCUCAGCCAGCUCAGGGACCAGUGGCAGACCCUGAAACAGACAGCUGCAAACCAGACCAGGGCCCUGGGUGGAGCCAAGAACCUGCAGGAGUUCAACAAAAAGGUGGACAAGCUGGAGGCAUGGAUUAGAGAGAAGCAGGAAGAGGAGCAGUCUCUGGUGGACAUCCUGGGGGGGAAUGUUGACAAAAUGCAGCUGACCAGGAGAAUUUUAGAUCUGAAGCAGGAUGAGCAGCUAUACAGAAACCUCCACGAGGAGAUCAACCACUUGGCCCUAAAACUGGAGAAACAAGGGAAGACAGAUGUCAAAAACAUCUCCGGCAAGAGGAAACACAUCAACAAAAUGUGGCUGAAGGUCCAGUCUCACCUAAAAAAACACCAUGAAAAUCUUCAGCUGGCACUGGAGGUGUCUUCUUUUUACCAACAGGCAGACAAUACCUUGUUUGCUAUUAAUAACAUGUGGAAAAGCAUAUCUGCCUCCAAAGAGCUGGACAGCUUUGGAGAUCGAGAAAUACGCGACAUCGCCAGUCAAAUCAUGAUGCUAGAUGUGAGCGUGUCCCAGGUGUCUAAUCUCCACCCUACCCUGGCUGCCGGCGUCACACAGAAACAGAGUGAGGUGAAGGACUGCUGGGCGCUUCUUCAGAAGGUUUUCAGGAGUGACAGGACCACGCUCCCUCCCACUGGCUCCGCUUUCACCAGGGAAGCUGCCGACCCCCUGACACCAGCCCAAGAACCCCAUUGCAACGUGGGAACGGAGAUGCAAAGGAUCAUGGGAAAGGAGGUGAAGGAGGAGCAGAAUCGCCUGAAAGGCUGCGUGAGUACGGUUGAAUGUGGGAUCGGUAGGAGAACACAGAGCCAGCAGCAGCCGUCAGCGAAUCACACCCCCUCACCCACGGGAGACGGCCCUGCCUGUGUAAAUGAUGUCAUCGUCAGACAUCAAUUGAAGGGGGAAAGCAGCAGGAAGCCCAGAGCAGACCCCGAGCUUGCCGCCGCCCCGCGAGGCCACCCACAGCUUCACACACAGCUCCAGAAGUUCACCGUGUCUGCCGACAAGACGUUGUCCUGGCUGAAAGACAAUGUGUCCAUAGCCACACAGGUGUGUACAAUAGCCAGCUUUGAGGGUCUGGAGGCAGCCAGGAGGUGUCAACACACUCUGGAGCAAGAAAUUCUCACCAACAGGGCCAGGAUAGAGGUGGUCAAACGGGAGGGCCACGGGCUGGUCCGCGCUCAGCACGCCGGCAGCUCCAAGAUAGAGGAGUUCCUCAGACAGCUGGAAGUCCUGUGGGAGGAGCUGCGGAGGAGGCACCAGAGGAACGCAGUGUUUCUGCAGGCUUCAGAGGAGCUGGGUUUUAGGGUUGUAAAAGUGCUCCAGGCCCUGGGCAGUCUGGAGGCCUGGCUGGAGUCCGUGGAGCUCUCCAUGAAGGAAUCGGCUCUCGCCGGCGACCCUGAGACAAUGAGCAUGGCCGAGAGAGAGAGCUGUCUGCUGGAGAAAGAGGUGGCGGCCCGCAGCCCCGAGCUCCGCGCGCUGAGGCGCGAGGUGGAGCGCCUCCACAGCCACAGUCACCCACACACACGAGGCCUGCCAGCGCACAUGGAGGAGGUGGAAAGAAAGUACUAUCGUGUCCAAAGUGCCCUGACCCAGCAGAACUCAGAGCUGCAGGACACACGAAUGCUGACAGAGUUCCUGGAGCGCGUGGAGCUGGAGGAGAGCCAGGAGCUCAGCGGCAGUCAGUACAGCCUGGGCCAGCCUCUUCACAGUGAGAUUUCAUCAGCUCCUACAUUGCUGGGCCUCCGAAGCAGUAGCAGUGGGGAGCCCCUGAUAGAAAGCAUGGGGGACCCCGUGGAGGAACUACGAGAGGCCGUAGAGAUGCUGAAUGACACCGUUAGGGAAAGAGGUCGGUCGCAGGGCCACGACCAGGCCAUCCAUGAGCUGCUGAGCAAGCACGCCAGCCUGGCGGUGCACGUGGAGGAGUGCCUAUGCCGCAGCAAAGAGCUGGGCCUGGACAUCCUGGAGAAGGAGACAGACAUGGCCGUCCAGUGUGAGCCAGACCGCUGCGGCCUCGAGGCUCUGCAGGAGAAGCAGGACCACCUGGAGAUUGACUAUGAAGUCAUCAGGGAGGAGGUGAAGGAGAUGGAGAGCCAGACGUCUCGCGUGGAGGAACUGUGCCCAGAGAGAGUGCACAUGCUCGGGGCAAAGAUCCAGGCUAUGCUGGAGGGCUGGACGGAGCUGGGGAAGAGUACGACGGAGAACAAGUCGCGUCUGCAAGAGUUUGUGCAGCUCCAGGACUUCUUCAGGAGCUACCUCGCCAUGAUCUCAUGGACAGAAGACACCAGGUCGUGCAUUUUCUCAGACACCGUCUUGCAUCCUGGGAAGGAGGGCCAGAGGCCGCUCGCUGUGGAGCUGGACAUGCAGAUUGAGCAAAAAUUUGAGGAGUUUGAUGAGCUGGCAGACACAGGGAGGAAUCUAUUAGACAAAGAACACCAUCUCACACAGAUGGUAAGAGAGCGCAUGGAGGAACUGAGGAGUAUGCUUGGGUGGAUCUCGGUGCACUGGAGGGCUCAGAAACAACAGCGGCUUCACAAGAAGAGCAGACAGGAGCCUUCACAAGAUAACAUCUAUUCUGAGGCCACCACGUGCACUCCAUUGACAGAGAGUUUGGCUCCUGUGCUAGAAGCCCACCCGGCGGCCCACCCGGCGGCCCACCAGUCCCAUCCGUCCCCAUUCGUCACCGCCAAUGAAGACGAACUAAAGGCGGCGGCGGACGGCAAACCCUCGCCGCUGCUGUCCAGACAAGCUGAGCAGCAGGAGGAGAAGCAGUCAGAGGACGGGUAUGAGGUUAUGAACAGCAUCGGACCACAGGAUGGCAAGGCCACCUCCUCAAAGUCUCCCAAAUCCUCCAUCAUGGUCCUCAAAGAGCCAAGCAGCCCUGCUUUAGGGGGCACGGUCAACCUCAUCCUAAGUUUUGGGGGCCAGGGGGACAGCCGGGUUCAGGUGCUUGACCCGCCUGCUAGGCCGGACGAGGCAGUGGACGAGAUCUCUGAGCCCGUCCACAGGGUAAGUACCUACUUGCAUGUCAAGGAUAGCAACUUGGCUGUGGUCCCCGUGUAUGAGAGUAUCACCUUGCCCCGCCAAAAGAGCCGCUCUGCAGCCUCAGCCUCCCCUACUUUCUCGCUGGCCUCCUCUUCGCCGUCUCCCUCGGUGCCUCAGAUGGCCAAUGUGUCCUUCCGCCCUUCGGCAGGGAGCGGCGGCAGCUCCAUCUUCAGCAGCCUCAAGAGGAUGGGCAAGAAGAGGAAGAGGAAGAGGGAUGCUCGCAGACACACCAUUCAGAAAAUCAUGGGAGUGGAGGAGCAAACGAAAGGGACGCCUCAUUAUGACUGCGAGAUGAUCACGUACGACACGCACACAUGGCCCCUGAAGGAAGGCAGAAGGAAAAAGAACUCACAGAAGAGCGGGGAUGGGGUAGAGGCUAUGGCCUACGUAAAGAAUCCCCUGCUGAGGGACAUCGACACGGAAUGUGCUGGCGAAUACAGCAUUAUUCCAUAUGCGGUCUCGGAGGAAACAGACACAAAUCAUGGGAGAAGCCACUGCAGAUUCCUCUCUUUGGGCUCCGUGCUGAGCUUCGACCUCCCGAAGGACAUGACCCUCAUCCCCAGCAUCCAGGACAUCAUUACCAUCGCCCCGCCAGAGUCCAAAAAAGGAGCGGGGACUGACCCGGACCCCCACUCCCAGAGACACACAGCCCUGAGCUCCUUCAAACAGACUCGGCCCACUCCCGCCGUCACACGCAGCUCACCAGAGCUCGGUUUGACUGAAACACGGACUGCAACAGCUGGAGUGAAAGAUCUGCCUGAUGUGGAAAAGAUUUACCAGCCACAGCCUCCUCUCUCCCCAGAAGGAGAUGAGGAUCAGACUACACCGAGUCACGGCCUGUCUAAAACCUUCAGCCUGCACGAGUACGCAGAACAGGAGUGGGACAGAAUGUCGUCAGAGGUUAAAACCAGUAUGGCUGAAAAAGAUGGGACCAGCCAGCAUUCCCAUUUGCCUAUUUAUGUGAACCAAGCCCAAAAUGCAGCUGCGCCUAAACACGAAUGCCCCAGUGUCCACACGCUCAUCCGAGACCUAAAUGGACACCAGUAUCAUAGACAUGCAAGACCCCAGAUUGUGCGUGGAGAGAGUCCUAGACUUCAGUGUCUGAGCCAAGCUUCUCAUAUGGUCGUGAAUCUGAGGUCAGCGGUGAGUGUUCGCCAGGACUCGGUCGACUCUGGAAUCUCCACCUCCAGCAGCAUCAAGCUUUGCACUGAGGCCCCGGGUCCAGAUAACCCGCAGCCCAAGGGCGUGGUGGGGAGGCUCAUUUCCUUCGAGGUUGGCGGUCUAGAAUGCGCUAAAACGAAGGGGAACACUUUAACAUCAUCGGCUCCAUCCACAGAGCUAGAAACAGAGCCUGUGCACCUCGACCGCCAGCAGUUUGAGGAGGAAGAGGAAGAACUGGAGGACAUCUGGAACCGGACUACUAACUACAGACAGAGCAUCUGCUCAGACAUCAUGUACCAGCCCAACCACGGACCCUCAGACCAGUCUAGGGAGCUCCUCUCCCGCUCACCCUUGCCCAAGACCCCGGCUGUGCUCUACAGGAACCUGGUCACAGCCUCAGCACCAAACCUCCUCGUGGCAGAGUUUAAACUGCCCCCCUACCUUCAGAGCUUGCUGGGUUACGACAAGGAGCAGAGCUCCAAAGGUCACCUCCCUCCUUUGGCCACAGGAGACAGGAGGUCCUGGGCGGCCUUUCCAAACAGGGAACCAGCCGGCAAGACCUUGGUGGCUGUGAACGAGACGGCAUCUGAUCCAGUGAAGCUGCCAGAUGUGGGCGACAAUCAGAGAUAUAUCUAUCAAUACAGAGAGGAGGAGGAGGAGGAGGAGGAGGCAAAGGUGGGGGAGGAGGUGGAUGAGCAUGCAGGUUCUUUGAAGGACCAAUCAAUGAGUCUCCUGUCAGUUCAGAUGGGGUUGGAUGGCGUCUGUCGGCAAAGAAAAGCCCCACAAAGCCUCAACAACAUUGAGAUGCAGGAAGAAUCUGUGGCCACAGGAGGGCGCUGUAUCACCCUGAGUGGAAAGCCAGAGCUGCAGACUAUGGAGGGAACGCUGGAGAGGAAGCACAAGCUGCAGCUGGGAGGAAAGAAAGCUGCCUCCAGAGGCUGGAACUCCUACCAUACCGUCCUAUACAGACACACCUUGUGCUUCUACCAGGACAGAAAGGAUACACUGAGGAGCUCUGCAUGCGGCCUGCCGCUGAACCUCAUGGGAGCUGACUGUUCACCUGCACCGGAGUACACCAAAAAGAACAACUGCUUUCGACUACGGCUCCGCGAUGGCUCCGAGUAUCUGUUCAACACCUCCUCGCGCUUCUUGAUGAAGAAGUGGAUGAUGAAAAUACAAGCAAGCACAGGUCUGAGUGAGUCCGUGUCUUCAUGCGUCCCCGCUGAUCAAGACCUCCCCAUCUCCCUAAAGCCCUUCCUUUGCUCCGGCUGUCACGGCCUCGCCAAAUGCCACUGCUCCACCCACCACGAUGUCACCUCCACGUUCCCCAGGCGCAAAGUGCCGGGCGCCACCCAAACCAAGGAGGUCUCCGUCCUCACCAGAGAGUUCAGUCACGCGCCGCAGAGCCGUUUAAGGAGUGUGGAUGAGCGGUCGACCGUCUCGUCCUCAGAUGCAGGGUGCCGCGAUGAGGAUGAUAAUGAUGAUGAAGACAGCUUAAAGCAGACAGUGACUCACAGGUUGUCACAGUCUGGGGCUUCCAGAGACACCUCCUCCUCCUCCCCUCACUCCCCUGUCUCCAGCGGUGACGACUGGCUCAGCAGCAAGCGUCGCUCCCACUCCUUCACGUCAGCGACGUUUCAGAGGAUCAAACCCACACUGCACACACCUGGAGGCCGAGGCCCGGAACGAGGCUCCAACUACUGUGUGACUCUUGUGGUUGGAGACAAGUCGUCCACCAGCAGAAGCUCUGGGCCGCCGCUGCUGGCGGCUGCUGGGUGGCAGCAGGACAGCUGUCAGGAUCCGGCUCUGAGGAGCUACACCAGCCUGCCGAGGCCACGCAACAAGUCCGUCUUCAAGAAGUUCUUUGGUAAAAGGGACAUCUGAGUUUUAAAAAUAUAUAUAUAUUUUACUAAUAAAGUUUUUUUACAAAUAGUUUCUAAUGUGCAGUGCACAUAUUUGUUGAAAAGCAAAAAAACACAAAAACACGCUACUACUGACUGUAUUUAUGAUCCGAAGAGCAACCACAUUUUUUAAAUUUUGUAUGUGUUUUAUAUAAAUCACUUCCGGGUCCUUCUGAGUGUUCGUAUUGUUCUAUUUCAUUGUUCUUGUGAAAGGAGCACUACUGUGUGUGUGUGUGUGUGUGUGUGUGUGUGUGUGUGUGUGUGUGUGUGAGUGUGCACCGCGUGGUUGUAGAUGUGAUUCUUGGAAAAACAGGUUUCCUUUUCAUUUUGGAAUUAUCGAGGUAUUGAGUAAGCGGUCUCUAUAUGAUAUCGACCUGCUCAGUAGAGAAUCAGUUUAGGAACUGACUCAGUUAUGACUAAGCGUUACCAAAUAUCAUCACAUGUCACAUGUACAGCGUGUGGUGCACCAAAGCGUGUUCUUCCACAUAUUAAAAUCAGCAGUUUGAUACUGCUCGAGCUUGUUUGAUAUUAACACUUUUUUAAAUACAAAAUGUAGUAAAGACUAUUCAUAAUAAAAUA